CACCGUCCGCUGACGUCAGUUUGCGUCUAUCUGUAGUUUAACUCAAUUCAAACUUUUACUCCGAUUUGUUUCCAUGAUGAACACAAUUGCGCCACUAUGGAGCGCAUCUGAACAGCUUUAGCAGACGUUGAAUUUCCCAUGCCGCCGUCAGUGUAACUUACCUUCGCUAGCCGUGCUGUUCCUCCUGGAGCUGUUUCACCUACUUUCUGACCCGAAGAAGACCGUUGGGAGCUGGAGCGGACGUUGACGCUGUGUGAAUGUCCAGCACACAAAACUGACAGCCACCAUGUCAGGUUUAACACUACAGAGCGGUAACCUGCAGGGUCUGGAUGAGGGGGAUAUUCUCGACCCAGUGUUUCAGCAGCGUUUGGAGGAUGCUCGUACUCUGCUCAGGCAGGAGAUCCAGCGGGAGUUGAAGAUCAAGGAGGCCGCUGAGAGAAUGCGGCGGGCUGUCACCAAUCGCAAGAGUGCAGCCGAUGUGGAGGGCCAACUCAAGGCCUCUAGCCGCAAGCUGGAGAGGUUGCACUGGGAACUGCAGGAGCUCAAUGCCAGGUCUAUGGCCACAGAGAAGGACAGCUCCGCAGCAGGUUGCUUGGAGGAAGUAGACAACCAGUCAGCAGAGUCGUGUCAGUGGGAAGAGGUCACAUCACCACUAGCCAGUCGAAUCAGGACCCUGAAGAAACAGCUUACCAUGGAGACCAAAGUCAAACAGGGUGCUGAGAACAUGAUCCAGACUUACACCAACAGCUCAGUCAAGGACAGGAAGAUGCUGUCUACAGCCCAGCAAAUGUUACAGGACAGCCGCACUAAGAUUGAGCUGCUGCGCAUGCAGAUUAUCAAAGUCAAUCAAGUCAGAGACGAGGAGCGAGAUGGCUCGCAUGGUCACCCUGUGGAGAUGAUUAGUCCUCUGGAGCUACGGGUGGCUGAACUCAUGCACCACAUGAAUAUUGAAUCGGCCGUAGCGGAAGGCGCCAAAAAUGUGGUGAGGCAGCUGAGUGGGCGUAAGUUCCAGGACCGCCGCACACUUGCAGAGGCCCAAGCACGAAUGCAAGAGUCAUCUCAGAAGGUGGACUUGUUACGUCUCUCCCUGGAGAGACGCUUGAAUGAGCUGCCUGAGGACCAUCCCCAACAUGCUGCCAUUAAGGAGAAACUAGUGUUGGGAACCUCACCUUCCUACGGCACACCAAAGAAGCAGUCCGACACUCCAUCCUCUUCCUCUUCUUCCUCCUUCUUCAAACCAGCCAGUCUAACAGGUCGGUUGGAGGUAUGUUUGAUGGGCUGCCAAGACCUGUUGGAGUCUGUUCCGGGCCGUGUGACCAGUUUCUUGGCCCCCCAUGUGACCCUAUCAGAAGCAAAGUCUCUGAAGGUUAGAGCUGGCUUACCGGGACGCAGUGCCAAUGGCAAAACAACCAAGGCUGAUGAGCUGUCCUCGGAGGUAGGCGUUACGCUGAAGGUGGACAACAGGAUAGUGGGGCGCACAAACUGGAGACAGCAGGGCAAAGAGGCCUGGGGCCAGAGCUUCAGCAUCGAACUGGAACGGUCCAGGGAGCUGGAAAUAGCUGUGUCCUGGAGAGACUGGCGAGAGUUAUGUGGGGUGAAGUUCCUGCGACUGGAGGACUUCCUGGAUAACCGCCGGCGUGGCAUGUGUCUCCAGCUGGAGCCCCAGGGCAUCCUCUUCUUGGAGGUGACAUUUAUAAAUCCUGUCAUUGAACGGCGCGCCAAGCUCCAGCGGCAGAGGAGGAUUUUCCCUAAAGAAAAAGGGAAGGACUUCCUGCGUGCUGCCCAGAUGAACAUGAACUUUGCCACUUGGGGCCGUUUGAUGAUGAGCAUCCUACCUCCUCCCUGCAGCUCCUUAGAACCCAUGAGCCCCCCCUUAGCAGGCACCAACACUGGCCCCACAUCAUCCAGCCCCUCUCCGGCACGAGAACCUGCUGUGGUAAGUCCAAACUUUACCGAAGAUCAACCCGGCUGGUCUCCUCACCGCUCAAGAAAGAACGCGAAAGACUCCCCACUGUCCCCUGGUGAGAACACGAGCCCAAAGCCCAAGCGACAACCCUCAGUUCAUCCACCCCCAAACAGGGCCAGAGGACUUCAGAUGGAAGACUUCAACUGCAUUUCAGUUCUGGGAAGAGGUCACUUUGGAAAGGUGCUACUAGCAGAGUAUAAGAAGUCAGGUAAACUGUACGCCAUCAAAGCCCUGAAGAAAGGAGACAUUGUGACUCGUGACGAAGUGGACAGCCUCAUAUGUGAAAAGAGGAUCUUUGAAGUGAUCAACGCCUCACAACAUCCUUUCCUAGUGAACCUGUACAGCUGCUUCCAGACUGCAGACCACGUGUGCUUUGUGAUGGCCUACUCCCCUGGAGGAGACCUCAUGACACACAUUCACACCAGCAUCUUCACUGAGAAACAGGCCAGGUUUUAUUCGUCGUGUGUGUUGCUCGGCCUGGAGUUUCUCCAUCAAAACAAAAUAGUAUACAGGGAUCUGAAGCUGGAUAAUCUGCUCAUGGAUGCUGAUGGUUAUGUCAGGAUAGCAGACUUUGGCUUGUGCAAAGAAGGUAUGGGCCACGGGGAUCGCACCUCAACAUUCUGUGGCACACCAGAGUUUCUGGCCCCAGAGGUGCUGACAGACAACAACUACACCCGCAGUGUGGACUGGUGGGGGCUGGGGGUCCUCAUCUAUGAGAUGCUGGUGGGGGAGUCUCCUUUCCCAGGUGAUGAUGAGGAAGAGGUGUUUGACAGCAUCGUCAACGAUGACGUGCGCUACCCUCGCUUCAUUUCUCCUGAGGCUGUGUCCCUCAUUCAAAAGCUGCUGCAGAAAAAUCCUGAGAUAAGACUUGGAGGAGGAGAGGAAGACGCCUUGCCGAUCAAGAGACACAAAUUCUUUCAGGGAAUGGACUGGGACGCUCUCCUGGCCAAAAAGCUGAAGCCUCCCUUCCUGCCAGUCAUCAAGGCGCCCAAGGACGUCAGUAACUUCGACGAGGAGUUCACUCGCCUCAAGCCAGUCCUCACCCUCCCACGAACAACCUGCAUCCUCACCGCCGAGCAGCAAGAAAUCUUUGCUGACUUUGACUUCUCUUUCAUGAGUUGACCCUGUGCUGCCACAUCACUGUGAAAGGCAGCUCCUGUUUAUACCUACUUUUACUUGCCGUCAAGCUCCUCUGAUUCAACAGAAGCCGAGAAACUACCUGCCUGUUUUCACUUCCUCUGUGCACAGUCUCUGUGCCCUGUUUACUGUGACACGCUACAAAGUCCUUUACAGUUUACAGACACAUUUUGACACUCACUGGGUCUGAUUUCAUGAUACAGCAUUUACUUGUUAACAUUUGUCAUCUCUGCCAAAUAGAUUUAGAAAUGUUUUUAUGCUGACUGUUUCAGUUAUCAAGCACUAAGACCAAAAGGCUGGACAUUGACUGUUUAUACUCUGUAGAGACACAGUAUGUCACCAGUGCAGUGACUUAAUUGUUUUUUUUUUUAUUUUUUACAAAUGAACAUUGUGCCACUGAUGUUCCAAACAUCAGCACUGCCUCUAAAUCCAAAGUACUUAAUUGUUUAUUGUUGUGAUCUUAAUGAAGGGAAUUGACUCGUUUAAGGCCAACGUAUUGAAUGUACCUUUACUAUUUAGUAUAGCUAUUAUAUGUCCAUCUGUUGUAAUCCUUUUAUGUUUUUGGGGAUGUAAUAUACUGAAAAUAGCCAAAUCGUUUAGUAAAGUUCUUUCAUAGAUAUCUGUCAAUACAACCGGAUUUGGAUUUUUUAAAUAAUAGGGUCAUGAAGAUUAUGCUUAUAUACAACAAACCAGCCAAUAUGUAAAGUGUAAACUACAUGAAGGAAAAUAUUAAUGAAUAAAUUUAUAUCUGCUGGA